AUGGCGAAAGCUCGUGAGCCUGUCUCCUCUGGAACCUCUUCUGGCGAGGAGGAAACCGACGAUUCUUCGUCUGAGGAAAUCGGAUCUGAGCCCGAACAGAUCCGGAAGACUUCCCCACCGCCGGCCGCCGCGAGGAAACCCCAAACCCCUUCCGCCAUAAUACCCGCCCCAUCCGACGAGGAUUCUGAAUCCGAAUCCCCCAGAAAAAAAUCCAAGGCGAAAGGUAAGGACAAGGCCGCCGCCGCCUCCGCUUCAGCGGCCAGAUCUACCAGGAAGAGGGCCGUGGAGGAGGUUAAGGGGACGGAGCCCGCUGUCACCAAGAAGUCGAAGAAGAGUAAGAAGGCUGAAACCCGAGAAGAAACAACUGUACCAGAGGAUAUGGAGCGAGGCCGACGAAAUCACCAUCCUCAUCGGAAUUCCGACCUGAAUGAUAAUCUUGACGCUUUUUUUGAGUUUAUCAAGAAGAAUUUGCAAAUUGAGGCGACGAGGGCCCAGCUGAGGGAUAAGAUUUUUAGGAUGAAAAAGAAGUACAGAAACAACAAGAGAAAAGAGCAUGAUGGUAAAGGAAGAACCUUUACGAGCCAGCAUGAGCGGGAAGCCUACGAUCUGUCGGAGAAAGUGUGGGGGGAAGCCUACGAUCUGUCGGAGAAAGUGUGGGGGGCUGAGAAAGAAAACGUGGUCGAAAAAGCCAAUGGCAGUAUGGCUGAGAAAGAAAACGGGGUUGAAAAAACCAAUGGAAGUGGGGCAGACACCAAUACUAUUAAGGAUUCAGUGGCUAGUGAGAGGAGGUUUGUGCAGAUGAAGGCAAGGUUGUUGAGUGGUUUAGGCGAGAAUCUUCCUGCUGUUGGGGACGUUAAGGAGUACGAAUGGAAGAAGCUCGAGAAUGAAGAGAUGGAGGUCAAUGCGAGGUAUUUUGAGGUCAUGACUCAACACUCAAAGCUUCUUCUGCAGAUCAAGAAGUCCCGGGGCCAUUGA